AUGGAGAUGAUUGUGAAAAUGAAGCCCAAGAAAAGUGUCGCCGAGGAAAUGGAAGAUCUAUUUCAUGAAUUUUCAGGUGAAAAACAACUUUUAAAAAAACAGGAAAAACCCUGGUAUUUCCAAAUUUGGGAUCUUUGCCAGAAAUACCUUUUCCUGUUGAACAACAAGGAGGUGGCAGCUCCUAAAGAUUCCAGCUCAUCAGAGGAAGUACUAACUUUGGUUCCCAACAAAGGUUUUGAGAGCAAUAGUAAAAAUAUAUACCCUAUUUUUAUGGGCCUCCAAGAUGGGAAACGCAUCUUGUCCUGUGUCAAAUCUGGUGCUCAGCCUCAGAUAACAAUAAUGGAGGAAGAUAUCAUGAAACUGUGAAAAAAAGAGCCACUCAAGAAUUUCACCUUCUUGAAUCACACUGAAGUCAACCAGCCAACUUGUACUUUUGAAUCUGCAGCUUUUCCAGGUUGGUUCAUAAGUAUGUCCACUGAGCCAAACAAGCCUAUCAGUUUGAGUCGUAAGGAAAGUGCUGAGAUUAUCAUGUUUUACAUGGAUAAAAAGAACUGA